GGGCACGCUGAAAUCACGAGCGCGGAAGCAGUGUUCGGUGUGUUUACUUUCAGUGUUGUGCCUCGAGACUACUAAACUCAAAUCUGUGUGAGGUCUUUCUGCAACAACAAACCGAACCAAGUGGGACUGAGGGGUUUGUGUUUGUGUUACUUUUUAGUUCUUUGUAGUUUUGUGUUAAUUGUUGAUACAGAAGAUGUUUAGUUACUCUGUUUAGUUAUAAACAUCGGAUAGUCAAUAAAUAGAAAGCACGUAUCACAGCUACUUUUGGUGCUCUAGGGUUAAGAGUGUUAAUGCAAUAAUAACUGAUAUUGUCAGAAUAAGCUGGCUGAACUGUUUGAUCAGUGAUGCACACCUAAGACCCUCAAAUAUUUCCUUUGGCUGUCACUUUCAAACAGUCCCGUGGAGCUCUUAUCAGUGAUCACACUUGUUUUUUAUUUGCAGAUGGCUCAGGAAAGUGGACUGUACCCCCUCCUCUUCUUCUUCCUCUUGUUUCUGUCAUCUCUGUGUGACUGUCAUCUACAUCCAGAGGCAGUGAACAGGGCUGUAUCCAAUCAGACUGGAAGGAGAGGUAAAGACAAACCCUCUAACCACUUCACACUGAGAGAUGGAUGGUUUUAAUUUAUCCUUAGUUGUACAAAAUGUUUUGAACUUAAACUAAAUGUUUAUGAAUUACAAAUCACAUUGGCUGAAGUAGUCUGUUCUGCUUUCCUAUGCAUGGUAUUUUAAGGACAGGUCUUUGUUAAAGCCUGGAAUUUACAAAUUCAACUUUAGUUUUAUGGCACUUUUCAGACAAAAAAAUGCAGUUCAAAGUGCCUCACAGAGACUAAAAACAACAAUUAACAUCAAUAAAACCCGAACCUCCCACCCACACACCCACCCAUGGAUCCCUCCACUCACAAAGACACACACCCACCCUAACUCACCCAUGCACACACACACACAAGCACACACAGUGUGAGAAUUUAAGAUGUAUUGUUGAAGAGUCAUGGCCUGACACUGUAACAUUAAGUGAGGAAAGAGCUACCUUUGGGAAACACUGGAGAUAAAAGAUAAAAAACAGAAGAUAAAAAAUAAAAUUGUAAAGAGAAAGAAUAAAACCUGAUGAACUAAAACAAGAAAAUAAUAUUAAAUGAACAGAUAAGUAAGAGCUCUACCAUGUAAAAGGGGGAAAAUAAGUAAAAACCUCCAAGACAGGAAUUAAGAAAAAGACUAAGAACAGAGAUGAUUAAUAAAAUAGGCAAUAAGAACUUUGAUUAAAACGAACAUUUGCAAUAAGAGAAAUAUAAAAAGGCAAUUAGUGAAAAGCCUGGUUAAAAAGGUGAGUCUUGAGCCUCUUCUUGAUGAUGGGCAAAUUUACAACAUAGUGGCCAUCAGUCCAUCUGCAUGUCUACUGAAGUGGCAAAGACACUAUUGUACCUGCUGAGCCAUUGCAGGGAUGGCAUAUUGUUGACCAAGUGAGACUUUUAACCUCAUAUUUUGUUUGCUUUUGUUUGUUUCUAUGUUAAUGCAGAGUCACACAUAGUUGAAGAGAUAGCAGGCUAUGCUGAUGUGGCCAAAAAGAUUAUUGACCUGGCUGUGUCUGGUGCCGCUCAGAACCGCUCCUACACACGACUGGCUGACUUCACUGACACCAUAGGAAACCGUGUCAGUGGCUCACAGAACUUGGACAUGGCUAUAAAGUACAUGUAUAAUGCUAUGACACAGGAUGGGUUGGAUGUACAUCUCGGUGAGUAUACCUUAAUAUUGGGAUGUUAUAGCAAGAUAUCAUCAAGGUGCAGUGAGUAUCAUUAAAAAAAAGAUCAGUUGACAAAUGAUGAUUUCGGGGAUGGCUUGUCUUUUGGUUACUGUGACAGUUGUGUUUUGUCUCAUUAUUUUCUUUUCUAGAGCCAGUAAAAAUCCCACACUGGGUGAGAGGGAAGGAGAGUGCAGAAAUGAUUGCACCCAGGGCUAAAAAUCUGGCUAUACUGGGACUUGGCAGCAGUGUAGGGACACCACCUGAAGGUAUUAGCCAGUGUCUACAGGAUAAAGCCAUUUAAAGCCUUUCGUUAAACUUUCUCUUACUCUUUGUUGUCUCAUUCUUAUCUCUUCAGGUAUUGAAGCAGAGGUGUUGGUGGUUAAAUCUUUUGAAGAACUGAAGCGCAGAGCCAGUGAGGCUGUGGGGAGGAUUGUUGUCUUUAACCAGCCAUUUGUCAGCUAUGGGGAGACGGUGGCUUACCGUGAAUAUGGAGCCUCUGAGGCAGCCAAAGUAGGAGCUGUGGCAACACUAAUUCGAUCUGUUACUCCAUUCUCUAUUAACAGGUAUUCAUCCAUAAGAAAAACUUACAGUAUUUCUGCUGAUGCUGAUUGAGGCUCUAUAAGGCAGGGAUUUGGCUCUCAUCUUCAAAAACAGGUCAACAGAUGGUAUUAGAAGUUAUUUAGAAGACUCGUGUCUUUUUCUUUGCUGCUCCAGUCCUCACACAGGUUGGCAGGAUUACCAAGAUGGAGUGAAGCACAUCCCCACAGCCUGUAUUACUAUAGAGGAUGCUGAGCUGAUGUGGCGAAUGGCACAGAGGGGACUGAAGAUUGUGGUCAGACUCACAAUGGGAGCUAAGACUCUGCCAGAUGCCGACUCCUUCAACACAGUGGCAGAGAUCAAAGGCUGGCAGCACCCUGAGCAGGUUGGACUCACACUCCUAUUUCAUACACCAUCUGUCUGACCUAUUUGGGUGUGUUCCUUAUCAUGUUAGAGUUGUUUUGUAGUGUUUAGGUGUUUGUAUGGGCCUUGCAAAAGUAAUUGAGAGUGGCAAAGAUGUGAAAUUUAUUUUAGAAUAAAAGAUUCUUUAUUUUUUGCCCCCCUUAAAGUUUUUGCUCGGUCCUUUUCUUAAUUUUGUUCAGUAAAAAAAGUACCAUAGCCUCCUUUUGCUGACUACGCAUAUUCCCACCUCUGUUGGGUCUGCUUUUAGUUUGCUACGCUUUGGAAAUGCUCUGAUAAGCCAUUCAUGUAAAUAGGUUUCACAUGGAAACACUUUUUUGUCCAGCUGUUAGUGCUGUUUCUUAAUACGUUUGUUUUUUCUGAUUAAGUCCCAAAAACUAAGAUAUUCAUCCAUGUCGAAACCCCUAAACUCCCAAUUCUUUGGUGCAUUUUCACUUCACAUGAAAGAGACUUAAUCAUCUUGAUUUGUUUUAGAAGGACCUCAUGUUCUCUGGACAAGGUAGUUAGUUCUGUAUUCUCCAGAAUAGGACAUCCAGUUUAAAGGAACACAAACCCCGUAUUCACCAUUACACUUGAAGAAUAUGAAUUUGUGGGCUCUCAGCUUGAAGCCUAUUGCUGCGAGGAGUCAACAUGUUAUCUGACUCAGCUUGAAGAUAUUCAAAAGUGCUUUGAAAGUGUGCCCAUAAGGAGCCAGACAUGUCUAGCAGGUGGAACCUGAUAAACAGAUAUAGUGCUGCUGCACAGAUCUCUGCAUGCAUGCAAGUGUAUUCAAAGGACACAGUGUAAAAAAUACUUAAUACACUUGAGGCUACUCACAAAGAAACUCUUCACAGACACUCUUUGGAGGUUUGUUUGAUUGUUUGAUCAGAGUAGUUUUGACCAUCUGAACAAAGGUGAGUGGGGCUCUUCCUUGUCACAGGAAGGGUCCCAGGUGGGGUUAAAGUAGCAUAUCAUGAAUAGAGCAGAGUAUGUACAUGCUAUUUGCAUGUAGCUGUGAAGAGGGGUGGUAAAUCUGUGGGUAACAGAACUGCAGAACAGCAAAAAAAAAACAAUGUGGGGGAAGCUACUUGUCAGGCGUUUUUGUGUAACACACACUGGAGGCCUGUGUGUGAAAGUUCUGGUGUCAUUUGUGAAACAUGGUGUGUACUCUACACACAGGUGGAGGUUAUCUGGCAUGGGUGUUUUUUUAUUAUUCCAAGGAAGUGUGUAUAUUCAAUUCAGGGCUCCUGUACACAAUGUAAGCUCCGACUAGAGGUGUUUUGUUGGCAGUUGGAGGUAGAUGGGUGUGCACUUGGUAUUUCCCAGUGUGAGUAUGAGCUGCAUGAAAGUUUUCUCUCCCUCACACGCCACAAAACUUGCCAGUACAAGGCCUGCUAAUUUAGUUCUACAUCCUAACAUUGUAGUCUAUGACGGCUGAACUCACACCAUAUACUGUAUCUCAGCACAUACCAGCUUGUGUGAUUACAGUUAACUUUCUUCAUCUUCUUCACAAACUGCAGCCUCUCUGACUUCAUUUGUGGGCUAACUGGAAAAUCAGUCAGAAGACUUGGAUUAGAUGAACACUGCUGAUGUAAUCUGUUACUGUUCUGAUCUGGGAACUAACCAAAGCAUAGUCCCUCAUUAUAGAAAAGGGAAAUGAAACACAUGGCAUAAGUGACAUCAUAUCUGGCUCUGGGACUCUGUGGUCCAGCUGGUGGUAGCAGCGCUUGUGGUUGCAGUGUUUGUGUAUGUGCGCACUUAUUCACAGAGAGAUGUCCCUUUGAGCUGAAGUGGGUCAUUUCUACAGUUUAGCCUUUCAGGGCCAUCUGAGGGUAAUGAGAACUUUUUCCACCCACUCGUCUUCUAAAUCCUCCACAUCUUUUCAUGAUAACUUGCACUUUUCGAACCUAAAAUGUCUUGACGUGUCAACCGUCGGACUAUAAUUACACAAGUCGUGAUGCUAGACUGUAAUCGAGAUGAGGGCUGGUUGUAAAUUUUUGUUUGUAGCAUCUUUACCACAUGCGAGUGAUCCACAUCUGAACAUCUCUUUCAUAUCUUCUGAUGUGUCAUGAUUUUGAGGAAUUGCAGUACACUUAUUUGUUCUCUCUUUAACACGCUGUAAAAAGCAGCCAAAAACAAACCACUGGCAAAACUAGAGUGCCAUGACUCCUGGGAUCACUGUCAUGCUCACACAGGCAAAGGGUCUCUCUUUAAAGACCCUUACAUUAUCAAUACAAAUGUAAAAAUACAACAGAAAGGUCAUCCUCAUUGGGCUUAGACAUGUAUGAUUGUCCUGGGGUUUCAGCACUACUUACACUAUCUGUGUUUUCCUGAGGAAUUUCCAACUUGGAGACCGAGCUAUUAAAUACCUAAUUGUGUUCUGUAGCCAGGUGUGCACCCUUCCCUGGCAGAGAACAAGAGGAAGGCCGUCCUGACACGCAAAAGUACUUAAGUGAAUCAUUGUGCCUACAGCAACUAAUCUGUGUGUCAUUUUGCCUCUGUUCAAGUGUGUAUGAUUUUACUUAUAAUACUGGCAUAGUCAGCUAUUAAGAGAUUAGAUUAUUGUUAGUUUUAUUUAAUAAAGACCUCCAAAAGUGGAUACAAGCAUCUAGGCCCUUACAGCAAUGCUAACCUGCUUCUUUUAGGAUAUUCAAUCUAGUAUACUUGUAUUCUCAGACUCAAAAACAAAUGGAACUUAUUUUGCUGAAGCUGAGCAGGAAUUUGGUUUCAAAUCAAAGUCUUAGUCUAAUUCAUGUAUUUUUAGGGCACCAUUACUUCAGUCUGAACCUGAAUUGUGGUGGACUGAACUGUGACAGCCUGACAGCUAUACUACUGGCCUAACUAAAAGCAGUAUAAGCAUUUGUGUUGCAUAAGAUUUAAAUGGUACGUGUAGCAUCAGGGUCAGUGUUUAUAUCAGACAGGCUCAGGUCAGAAAAUGUUUCAUAACCUGCAACAUCAAACCAGAGAGAGUUACACUGAUGGGAAUACCAUCCUGUAAAAUUCCCAAAAUGCUGCAGUUGCUCUGAACUUCAUGUUUUUGUCUUUGUUUUCCUGUUUUUCUUUUUCAAUGAGUCGGCCUGUGUCCUCGCUGAUAGAAAGUGUUUUUUUUUUUAACUAGAGUUCAAUUUGAGUGACAUCUUGUGUUUAGAAUGUGUUUGACUGUAAUACAAAGACAGGAAAUGGAUCAGAUAAUGCUUUUUUAUCCUCAUGUCUUGCAAUUAUAAAAAUGGUGAGUGUCUCAGCACUCUCACUUUGGUCUCUCGUCUCCAUAUUUAUACCUGCCCGUAUACCUGUUCAAUCUCUUAGGUUGUCUUACUGAGCGGUCAUUUGGACAGCUGGGAUGUUGGCCAAGGUGCCAUGGAUGACGGAGGUGGAGCCAUCAUUUCCUGGGAGGCUCUUUCCCUCAUUAAGGAGUUGGGUAUGACAGAGACAGAUGUAUAGAAAAGCACAUAAACAGUAUGGUGACACCUUUGUAUCUCUGGAGAAAGAAGCAUAUAAAGUUUAUAGAUGGCAGAAAGCUUACACAGCUUCAACGCAAAUUUACAGUCAAGUAGAUGAUUAACUUUUUUUUUCAAAGCAUGUUUGUUCUCCUUAAUCAGCACAAUUUCCUCUUUAAACAAGUGAACAGGUAGAAACGGUAGAACUGUAACAGCUGGUAGAACAAUAUCCAAAACCAAGUGUUGUAAAUCAUCGUGACUUGGAUUCAUUUUUGGUUUCACUCUUUAUACAUCUGCCUGGCCAUUGAACUCUAGUGAGCAGCUAGAAAACACCAUGAAGAGAGAGCAGACUAUCGAGUCCUAAAUUUAAAGUCAAAUACUGUAACAAAACAAUUCCUUGGACUGUAAACUUUGAUUUCCUACAACUGUGUGAGGAGGAAAGGAAACACUCAGGAGCAGGAAACCGGCUGGGAUACACAGUUUGGUCUUUUAUGAAAAAACAAAACAGUGCCAUUGAAUGAAUGAGUCCAUAGUUGUACAGGUUUGGCUCUCCACGAGUGCAAGAUUCAGUGAUGGAAGGCCACUAUAUGUGUGCAUAUACUGUAUAUUCGUCUAUAUACUCUGUCCUAUCCUCUGUAUAUACGUUUAACUCUGUUGCUUUGUGUGUUCAGCGAAGUCUUGGUCUGUUUACAGGUUUGCGCCCACGGAGGACCCUGCGUGCAGUGCUGUGGUCAGCUGAGGAGCAGGGCGGUGUCGGGGCACAGCAGUACUAUGAUCUCCACAAGGUACUUGCUGCUGUCACUUCAGUGCUACAUAGAGAACAUACACAUACUUGAGGACAGCAUAUUUCCUUAUGUAAUAAAGAGCAGGAAAACAGCAGUCCUCUGAUUUAUAACCCACAAUAAAGAACAAAAAGGUUUGGUGCAGUAAACCUGAAAAGAAGGUUUUUUUUACUGAGUACAGAGCAUUUAAAUAGACUGUUUAGUUCCUCCAUCUCAUGUCAUUAGAGUUAAAAAUGCCUCAGUUGCUGUUAAAAACAUCCAAUACCAAUCCAGUAGGUUUAUAUGGAGAUUUUUAAGUUGCUUACUAUUUUAUUUGAAUUGGCUUUAGUAGUUUUAGGUGCUUUGUUAUAUGUCCAUGCUCUCCGCCGAUAUCUCUUUGUCUUUCUCACCACUUUUUUCUUUUUCCUCUCUCUGCUCAGGUGAACAUGUCCAACUUUGACAUAGUCAUGGAAUCUGACAUGGGGACCUUUGCUCCUGUGGCACUGCAGUUUGCAGGGAGUGAUGCAGCCCGAAAGGUGGGAUGAAAAGCUAAACUUCAGCCGGUCUUUAAUCUCCUUUUUCUCUCUAUUUCACACACCACAUAUUUUCAGAGAGUGUCUCCUCAAAGGUUCCUCCAAAGCAACUAAUUACCCUGUUAUUUAACUGGAAACUCAAAUCCCCACUAGUCUGCAGAUACGAAAACCCUCAGAAAACAGUCACAGUUAAACAACAUGGCUAAACACGGGAUCAGAAUCUGCAGGUAAACACUGUUCAAUCGGUUUGCGAAGAUGCACCAUUCAUCUUCAGUCUUCAUCCCUGUGCUGGUAACACAUUGCUCCAGUUAAGUGGUUGUACACCAGUAUGAGCAUACACACCCUGAGUUAAAAUACUGCCAAACUCUAAGAUGCUUUCUGUCUUCAGUGGAUGGAUGUGUCUGGGUUGUAAAGCAUCAUGCACUGAAGCUUCAACCCUGUCUAGCUAUGGUACACCUUAGGCACAGUAAAUAUUGUAUUAUGGACCUACAGCAAUAAAGACAUUAAAGAUUCAUUGAACCAGUGAGUUACCUUGGUGCUGACUAAAUUUAACUGUUUAGUCAGCGAAAUUACUUCAACAUCCCCUCUUCUUAGAUCUGAACUGGGAAUCAAUCUGACGACCAGUGUGAUGAGGACUGUAGCCUCUGUACAUGGGGUGUCUGCUCUACCAACUGAGCUAAACCAGUGCCCAAGAUCUUAAAUCUUUCAUUCAGAUCUUUACUUAAAUUGUCAUUUGAGUUGAGGGUAUUCUGACCUGUGUGUCAAAUCACAGAUUAAAAUAAACCUCUACCACAAAAACCACCGAAGUAAGCUCAGAAAACCAACCCUGAACCACAGACAUGCUGGGUCUUCUGUAUGAAUGUGGCUGUGGUGUCUCACUACAAUGGUCCUGCAACAUUUAGUAUGGUAAAGAUAAGAUAAGAUGUUUCUUGAAUAGUCCCAUAGGGGGAAAUUCCAAAUUUAAAGCAGCAUAGUACAGACGUACAGAGAGAAAAUAAAGGAUAAUGAAACUUAAAGUUAAGAAAAAAGCAAAAGAAAAAGAUGUUCAUAAGUACAUGAAUAGGCAAUAAUUUAGAUGAUGUUGAACUUAUUGUCCAAAAGCGCUGACUGUGAUAAACAGAUGCACUAACUCUGUAACUGUAUCAACAGGUUAUGGAGGAAGUGGUCAAACUCUUGGCUCCCAUCAACACCACCAAACUGGAGACACACGGAGAAGGGACAGACAUCUCACCUUGGCUGCAGGCUGGUGUACCGGGUCAGAAUUUAUCUAUUUCGCUGUAUUGUUGAAACUUACAGCUAAUGUUAUUAUAGAGAAAAAUCAUUGAAUAAAACUUACUGAUUGUGGACAAUAAGGAAGUAUGCUAAACCUGAUUAAACCCCUACAGGAUCUUAGUAUAUCAUAAAGCCAUAAACAGUCACUCCAGAAAGUGCUGUGUAAACAGUUUCACAUCCUCAUGGUGAGCUAUGGACAGAAUAUAGUAUGAUGUAGGCAAGUAGAAGGGAGUUUCAGAAUUAGAAUUUCUUUGUAAAGAUGAGUAAAGUUGUGAGAAAGUAACUCCUGCAUGAAUCUUAGGCUUGAUGUGGUUAAAUGUGGACUGAACCUUUCAUAUAACAAACCACACACAACAGAACCAGAGUGAUUUUAUUUGUAUGCUGUUUGUUCCUUUAAUAGAGUAUUAUUGUUGUUUUGAUAAAUUAUGACUCAAUCACACCAAUCAGUCUGAUGCUGAUGGAUCCUAACACUCUGCUGCACUUAGUGGAAGUUAUGGCCCCUGAUUUCAGAUUUUCUUUUUCAAAUCAAGUCAUGUGGAUUUAAAAACAAAAACAAAACGGGUGGGCAUAUGAUGAGUUUUUAUCAAAUCUCAGCAAACUGAACAAGCGCACUUGAUCUAGCAGGCUGAUUGGAGAGUCGCAGCUUAAUCCUGAAUCUCUGUGCACCCGUCAGUUACAGAGGAUGGCAGGCUCUAUUAUAAAAGACUCCCACCAUUAAACUAAAUUUCAGCUUCUUCCCUCUGGACAUAAGUUGAAAAGUACCAGCCUGUGAAACCAAGCGAUUAAAAAAAUGGCUUUGUCACAGCAGCCAUUAGGGAGAUCAAUGAGUCAUGGUAAAACAGCAAUGAUGGUCUAGAUAAAAACUUUGCACGACUUAUCGACUUUUUCUAAAUCUUUUUAUUUUGCUUUUUUAAAUCUUUUUUUUUCUCUCUUGGGACGUUUAAACUUGCUUUAAUUUACCACAUUUUUAUUGGUUGAUAGUUUUAUUUCUAUUCUGUUUUUAUUCUUCUGUGCUUUUACUGAUAGCCUAUUUUAUCUUGUUCUAUAUUGAUUAACUGAGGGUUACCCUUAAGCACUGAGCACUUUUGUUUGUCACGUUUUGUCCUGUGCUGUGUGUUUGUUGAUGUGUAAACAGCUGACUAAAUCGACCUACAGGUACCAACAAAGUAACCUUGAACCUUUUUAAAAAAUAAUUUCCAAAAAUUAGUCCUCUCUGGGACCUGGAGAGCGAAAUAAGUUUGCAAACAUGUAAUAGAGGUUAUUCUGAUUCUGCAGUAUAAAUCUUGUAAAUAACUGUAAUUCACAGAGUUGAAAGACUUUUUGUGCACCUAAUUGUCAAAAAAGUCUUUCCAGUAUCUAUUGAACAUCUGCCAGCCAGUGUUAUUGACCUUUUUCCUGGUUUUGGUUGAGGUUAUGUGGUCCAGACAUAUUGUCUUUAUCUCUCUCGUUUGUUGGAACUGAAAUUGCUUUAAACUCAGAAAAAUGUUCUGAUACAACUUUAAAAAGACGAACUGAAAACAAAAUGAACAGCAAAAAAAGAAAAAUAACCCUUGAGUCAAAAGUUCCUUGGAGAAAUGUGGUUUCUAAAAAAAUAGAAGUGGGUUCAGUGGAAAGAGGAAAUUAUUUUGCCUAUUGGAGAAAGUGAGAAAAAGUGUGAUAAUCCAUUCACUCAAAAGUUACAAAACCUACAAAAGUCACCCAAAGUCAAAUCUUUCACAUCUCUUUCCUGUAAGGCUUUGCAGUGAUUUGUUUAACACACUGCAGCCAGAAAUAGUGCACUUUUGUUUGGUAGCUAAGACUCUUUUAGUUCCCUUUGUUAUCACCUCUUCCAUCCUGCAGCUACCCGUUAAAUCCCUGUGACAAGUAGGGGUGGGAAUCACUAGUGGCCCCACAAUACGAUAUUAUCACGAUACUUGGCCCACGAUACGAUAUUAUCACGAUACUUGGCCCACGAUAUGAUAUUAUCACGAUACUUGGACCACAAUACGAUAUUAUCACGAUAUUUGGACCACGAUAUGAUAUUAUCACGAUACUUGGACCAUGAUACAAUAUUAUUGCUAUUUUUAACGAUUUGCAAUACACUGAGUAUUGUGAUACAAUAUAUUGUGAUUUAUACAAUUUUUUCAACUGUUUAGCUAAUUUAGCAUUUGGCUUUCUUUGAUGUUUGCCUUAUUUGUGCUGUAUUUUGUUUUCAUGUUGCACAUCUUGCAAACUUUAUAUAUAUUUGUUGUACUAACUUUCUCCUGCUCUAUGAUGUCACUUCUGCCAACCUCACAGGACAAACAGUUAAUUUUAUUUUUCCAUUAUCAUAGAUUUGACUCCGUAUUAGCAAUUAAUUUGAAAAACCGAUACUUGGUAAAUAAGAGAAUACGAUAUAUUACCAGACAAAAUAUCACGAUACUAUGCUGUAUCGAUUUUUUUCUCCCACCCCUCGUGACAAGGAAGUACCUUUUCUUCUUCUCUCAUCCAGGUGCCAGCCUCCAUGUUGCUGACAGUCGAUACUUUUGGUUCCACCAUAGCGAAGGAGAUACCAUGACCGUCCAGGACCCCCGAGACAUGGACCUCUGCUCAGCUCUGUGGGCCGUGGUUGCCUAUGUGGUGGCAGACCUUCAGGACAUGCUGCCAAGGUAGCUAAGUAGCAUACAGGAAGUAAAGCUUCUCAAUAAACUUGAGAUCAAGUAGAUUUGUACAGGAAAUUGAUAUUAACAAAUGAAAUGUCUGUAGACGAACACCUGAAUGUGAGAGAGGAUCAAAAGAUAGUUUGAAUAACUUCUUAACAAUUAUAAAUCAGUUUUAGUUAAAUAACAUUCAACCUAGGAUUUUAAAUGUUUUAUAUGAGGUUCUUGUUCUCUGAAUAAAGUUCUCAUACUUUUAUUUUGGAUGAAUUGAAAUGUAGUUAAAACUGUUUCAUUUAAAAAAAAAAAAAAUGUUUUAAAGACCGGAUGGAAUCACAUGAUGUAGCCCAGGGUUUUUGCCCUGACUCUUUUAAAUGUCAUGCAAAUCCAAACAUAAUAGAUCCUUUUGUUAUAGUUUUUCAGCGGGGAGGGACUCAGAUUGCUCAUGUGACGGGAGGGACUGCAUCUUUUUUCAAUCAUGUUUAAAUGCUGGUUUACUGAAUGAUAUGAGACCAAGAGAAUGGGAACUGUUAACUUUCUCAGGUACUGUGCUCGUCUUAAUGCUUUUAUACAAUCUUCAGAAAGAGGAUGAGGAUUUGUUACUUUCUGCUGCUAUUGAGACAAAACCCUCAUCUUUAAAAUGUUUGUUUUAAUGAGCUUUAAAUCUGUUUUUAUAAGGUUACAGUACAGUUCUUAAUUGUUAGUCUUGCCUGUGUUCUGCCAAACAUUUGUUGAACACUUGUUUCCUGCCACCACAGAAUGAGGAUACACUUUUAUCCUGAGAAGUUAUCCAGAUGAUUUAAUAAAAACAAUAAAGCAAAAAGGAUUGCAUUAGACAGUUUCCCUGUCUCUUAUUUCAUCAUUUAAAAAAAUAAAGACAUGAACAAGCA